AUGAGUCGUCCUGUACAAUUUGUGAAUGCUGAUAAUAGCGACAAGAGCCACCAACUAGGUGGCCAAUAUUCUAUUCCUCAAGAUUUGAGGGAAAACCUGCAGAAAGAAGCUGCACGGAUUGGGGAGAAGGAAAAAGAUGUGCUACAAGAAAAAAUGGAAACUAGGACAGUGCAAAAUCGAGAGGAUUCAUACCACAAAAGAAGGUUUGAUAUGAAACUUGAACCCGAUUCUGAUACAAAGAUCGUUGCAUCUUAUGAAAAUACUCAUAACGCUGUCGUGCCAAGGAAACGAAAAUCUCGUUGGGAUGUAAAAGGAUACGAACCAUUUGAUGAAUCUUCAACCGCGGUCAGAGAACACUCUGAUAACACUUUAGUUAAUAUAGAAGGAAUUCAUGAUUUGAUGUUUUUUAAACCUUCUGACCAUAAAUACUUUGCCGAUAUCGUAUCCAAAAGACCUACAGAUGAGUUAAAUAAGGAUGAAAAGAAAGAAAGAACAUUCUUAAUGUUACUCCUGAAAAUAAAAAAUGGUAAUACAGCGAGUAGGAGGACUUCCAUGCGACUUUUAACCGAAAAAGCUGCUACAUUUGGUCCAGAAAUGAUAUUUAAUCGAUUAUUACCCAUAUUACUAGACAGAAGCUUGGAAGAUCAAGAGAGACAUUUAAUGAUCAAGACCAUAGACCGCGUUCUUUACAAAUUAGGAGAUCUAACAAAACCUUACGCUCAUAAAAUACUAGUAGUGGCGGCUCCAUUACUGAUUGAUGAAGAUCCAAUGGUUCGUUCAACCGGUCAAGAAAUAAUCACCAAUUUGUCUACGGUUGCUGGCCUGACGACCAUGCUAACGGUAAUGAGACCUGAUAUUGAGAAUGAGGAUGAGUAUGUUAGAAACGUAACUGCAAGAGCAGCGGCUGUGGUGGCAAAAGCCCUUGGUGUUAAUCAAUUGCUCCCUUUCAUCAACGCAGCAUGCCAUUCGCGGAAAUCUUGGAAAGCAAGGCAUACUGGUAUAAAGAUUGUGCAGCAAAUAGGUAUUAUUUUGGGAAUAGGUGUGUUGAACCAUCUUACUGGGCUGAUGAGUUGUAUCAAAGACAGCCUAAUGGAUGAUCACGUUCCGGUACGAAUUGUUACAGCGCAUACUUUAUCUACACUAGCCGAAAACUCUUAUCCAUAUGGUAUCGAAGUCUUCAACGUUGUACUGGAGCCCUUAUGGAAGGGUAUAAGAAGUCAUCGUGGUAAAGUGUUAUCUUCUUUUCUAAAAGCUGUUGGCUCUAUGAUCCCAUUGAUGGAUCCAGAGUAUGCCGGUUAUUAUACUACAGAGGCAAUGAGAAUAAUAAGACGCGAAUUCGACUCUCCUGACGAUGAAAUGAAAAAGACCAUCCUUUUAGUAUUACAAAAGUGUAGUGCUGUAGAAUCUAUAACACCGAAAUUUCUUAGAGAAGAAAUCGCGCCAGAAUUCUUUCAGAAAUUUUGGGUUAGACGAGUAGCGUUGGACAGGCCAUUAAACAAGAUUGUUACGUAUACGACAGUUAUAUUAGCAAAGAAAUUAGGCUGUUCUUAUACCAUCGAUAAACUAUUAAUAUCCUUAAGAGAUGAAGCUGAACCAUUGAGAACAAUGGCAGUCCAUGCUGUUACUAAAACAGUGAAUUUACUAGGAACUGCAGAUUUAGAUGAAAGAUUAGAAACGAGACUUAUUGAUGCGCUCCUGAUAGCGUUUCAAGAACAAACAAAUAGCGAUUCUAUAAUCUUUAAAGGAUUUGGGGCGGUAACCGUAUCGCUUGACAUCCGGAUGAAACCGUUUCUAGCGCCCAUUGUGAGCACGAUUUUAAAUCAUUUGAAGCAUAAAGCCCCACUGGUUCGUCAACAUGCAGCAGAUCUAUGUGCCAUACUGAUACCAGUUAUCAAGAACUGUCAUGAACUCGAAAUGUUAAAUAAAUUGAACAUUAUAUUGUAUGAAUCUUUGGGUGAAGUAUAUCCAGAAGUAUUAGGUUCCAUAAUCAUCGCUAUGUGCUGUAUUACGAGUGUAAUGGAUUUGAAUAAAAUACAACCCCCUAUUAACCAAGUCUUACCAACCUUGACUCCAAUUUUAAGGAAUAAGCACAGAAAAGUCGAGGUAAACACUAUCAAAUUUGUUGGGCUUAUUGGUAAGUUGGCACCUACCUAUGCACCUCCCAAAGAAUGGAUGAGAAUAUGUUUUGAGCUAUUAGAACUUUUGAAAAGCACAAAUAAAGAAAUAAGAAGAUCGGCAAAUGCCACAUUUGGUUUUAUCGCAAAAGCAAUUGGACCUCACGACGUUCUGGUUGCGUUAUUGAACAACUUAAAGGUUCAAGAACGUCAGUUACGUGUAUGCACAGCUGUUGCUAUUGGUAUCGUAGCUAAAGUGUGUGGCCCCUACAACGUCCUACCAGUAAUUAUGAAUGAAUACACAACACCAGAGACUAAUGUUCAAAACGGUGUUCUCAAAGCUAUGUCUUUUAUGUUCGAGUAUAUUGGUAAUAUGUCUAAGGAUUACAUAUAUUUCAUAAUACCAUUACUGGAAGAUGCACUCACCGAUAGGGAUUUAGUUCAUCGUCAGACAGCGUCAAAUGUAAUAACCCAUUUGGCUUUAAACUGUUCAGGUACCGGUCACGAGGAUGCCUUUACCCAUUUGCUAAAUCUCCUAAUACCCAAUAUUUUUGAAACUUCGCCACACGCUAUUAUGCGUAUUUUAGAAGGGUUGGAGGCACUGAGCCAAGCUCUUGGCCCUGGGAUGUUUAUGAACUACAUAUGGGCGGGUUUGUUUCACCCAGCAAAGAAUGUAAGGAAGGCAUUUUGGAGGGUGUAUAACAACAUAUACGUAAUGUAUCAGGACUCUAUAGUACCUUUUUAUCCUGUUACACCGGACAACGACGAAGACUAUGUAGAAGAGCUGGAUUUAAUUCUGUGA